ACGUACUUUCCUCCCGUUCUGGGAACCACGUACGAGUUGUGGUAGUGACAAAGUGAUGCUAGUCGGUUGGUUGGUGGCUAUAUGGAUGUGUUUCUUGGUCCUCCAAAUAUCUUGAGGAUGGUUCUGGAGAAAAAGUCGGAAAUGUACUUGAUCCGUCAACAAGUGGUCUCCGUCUCACAUUCCCAACUUGGCCAUUGUUCUGCUGACAUGACACGACUCCACCACUCGACACUCUCUUACAUUCCGCUAGGACGAGAUUACAUUUCAAAAUAGUACCCAAAUCAGUUUACACUCUCACCUCCAGCAACUCACAACUCCAUAUCCAGCAGCAGAAGCAGCAGAAGCAGUGUGUGCUCAGUUUACAACUUGGGACGACAAAAGUAAUUCAAGCCGUGAAAAGUUUCAAUAAGUCGCGAAACAAAACAGUGGGUGAAAGUGGUCAUUCGAAUCAAUCCUCAACUCCCCAUCAGCAUCAGCAUCCUCAUUGACUGAGAUCUGCUUACAACUAGAAAAAGUUUCACGGAGUUUUGUAUAGAAAAUAAAAUAGAGGAAGGUACGAUUGAUCGAUUCAGCGUUUCUCCAGUCAUUGGGGCCAAAUGAGACUCCCGAUGAAAACGGGUGGUCGAGACACCCACGAGCAGCACCAGGCCCCCACCACGACCACCCCUCGAUGUGCUGACAUCAUGGAUCGCGAGGAUCAAGGGGAUCUCAUCAUCGACGAGUCUGGGGGGCAAGGUGAGAUUUCUCCAGAUAACCAGCCCCACUCUGUGUACCCAACAACAACCCCCACGCCCACGAGUGCUCCCUCCCCGUACAGUGAGAGCGAGGGAGGUCUCGUCCGCCCCCACUCUAGUCCCACCCCUUCGUCCACCACGUCCUACGAGCAGCUCGGUCACAACUUCGCCAAACCCUCGUCCUCUGCCCUUUCCCUCCUCGCCAACUCGAGAAAACAGGCAGCAGCGGCGGCGGCGGCGGCGUCCUCCCUGAGAUACCACCCCUACUUUCGAAAGGUCAUUGAGGACAACAACAACAAGGACGACUUCCCCUACGGAGGAAACCCAUCUAACUCGCUCGUGCAUUCCAACGGAAUCUGGACCCCUUCGACCAUGAUCUCCUCCUCCUCCUCCUCUGCCCACUCCUCCAGCAGCACCAACAGUUAUGCCAACUCUGGAGCCUAUGUUGAGGACUUUAGCACCUCCCCCCAACAGCUCCAAGGCGGCGGCCCCACUUCGUCCCCAAACGAACUAAGCGUUCCCAAUUCUGGGGAAAGCAACGUGGCCAACAGCAAUAUGGCCAUGUUGCGAGGAAGCUUGGCAGCCGGCUAUCUGUACGACAUGACCGUCAAUAGCUCACACCAACAACAGGUCAGCAGCAACAGCAACAACUAUCACCACCACACCCACAACAAUACUCAGCACCACCAGCAGCACCAGCAACAGCAGCAUCAGCAGCAUUCUCACCAAUACAAAGUGGAGCAAUCGCCAUCUCCCACGCGGCCAUAUCUGCUCCCACACCAUGGGAGCGAUGGGGGUGGAGAAAGUCCCAUCAUGCCGGAAAUCCACGUCAAGAAUGCCUUCUUCACUCAGGACAAGGUGGACACAUUGUGCGACGUGAUGCUGCGAGACAGGAACUACAUGAUGCUGGAAUCCAUCCUGAACGGUUUGUCCAAGGACAUUCACGACUCUGAGAACGUGCUGAGAGCCCGAGCAGCCGUCGCCUGGUUCAACGGCAACUACAAUCUCCUCUACAAUAUCCUCGACUCGCGCGUCUUCUCGUCCAGGCACCACAAGGAGCUGCAGGACUUGUACCAAAGUGCGAGGUACUCGGAGGCAGGGAAAGUGCGGGGCAGGUCGCUGGGUGCAGUGGACAAGUAUCGCAUUCGGAGAAAGUACUCCUUACCUCGCACCAUUUGGGAUGGCGAGUCGACAAGCUACACGUUCAAGGAUCGUGAUCGCAAGAUGCUUAUCGAAGCUUAUCGACGAUGUCAGUAUCCAAACGGGGAGAUAAAAAAGGAGCUACAACUUCUUACUGGGUUGGACAAGAAGCAAAUUGACAACUGGUUUAAAAACAGGAGGCAGAGAGAUCGACCUCACGAUCAAAAGCCACGGAAAGCCAAUAAGAUGCAUCAUCAUCCCCCGGGAGACGGUGGGGGGCUUGUGAUGACGCCAGCCUCGUCGGCAGGGAGUGGUUCCACCCUCAUCUAUGCCAACAUGUCCUACCAGUCCAUGGGGGAGGACAGCAUGGACGUCAAGUACAACCCCUACAACAGCAACAUGGGGCCCACGCCCACACUGGCACAGAUCAAAUCUUACAAUGAGAUGGCCAACUCUCCAGCCCCCUCGCCAGUCAUCACCCAAAAGAAGACCAAUAAACGGUCACAUAAGAACAAUUCGACGGCCUGGGCCAAAGAUGCGGCUGCUCUGGUUGGCGAAAAGUUGGGGAAGCGAAAGCGGGUGAAAGCAUCCGCCACCACCACCGCCACUUUGGGAGGGGAUGGAGUUACCACGAGCGGAGAAAGCCAUCAUCCCUACGCAGCAUCCUACUCGGAUCUCUACAACGGGGGAGGGAUCAGCGGUCGGAAGGUGAACACGAUCGUCGUGAAUGUGGGGGGCAGUGGGGGGACGGGUGCUGAGGACGAGGACGACAAUAGCAACCCCUCUUCUUUCCAUCAGCAGGGCGGUCACCACCACCACCACCAGAACCAGCAGCAACAGUACUCUGGGAGCUGCAGCACCCUCAUGUUGAACCACCACCACCACCACCAUCAGGGGGGACUUGCAGGGAUGGGUGUGGCGAUGGGAUGGCCUGGGUGGCAAACGUCGUCGUCCUCGUCCAUGGGGGCUGCGGGGUCGACGGAAUCCUCGGGCUACUCCCCAAUGACCAUCCUUCCCAGUCUGGCAGCCAGCUUUAACCACCCCUCAGCCCAUCACCACCAUGCGAUGAACGUUCUCAACUCGGAGGCACGGAUUCAAGUCCAGGCGUAAAACGAAUCAGUUAAUACAGAUCAUACUUUUUUGGCAUAAUACUAAUUAUCUCCAGAAAUUGCCAGUUGAUUUUGCGGAAUCGGCAUCAUACGCAAAAUACAGAUUACAUAAGCACAGUUCAAUAAUGCAUGCAUUCAAAUCUCGGUUUCAUAUUGUGUUUUAUAAGCUUUAACCUCAAAAUCAAAAUCAAAAUAAACAAUAGGUCCAACCCCCUCCUAUGAUGCAUUAUUUUACUCUUUUGCCCUGUAUUUCGAGAUGCAGUAAAACAAUAAUAAUGUUGUAAUUCUAGACGCAUCCAACCCAACCACCAUUAGCUACACACCUAUGUUACGGGAAGGCUUGAUAAGUAAUCGUAAAAGUUUGCAUGCCCAAAACUCAAAUGCAUAAAGCAGAGAAGGAGUUGUCAGUGAUGAUGAACAUGAUAAUUACAUUGCUUUCUGGAUUAGGAAGUGUUCACAGUUUUAGCCAGUAAAGUCGCCUCACAAAUCACAAUGAAAGUGAAGAUGAAAAUGAAUAAACUCACAUGGAGUGGACUUUGCAGAAACAUAAUAAUGAACGCCUAAGGUCGGCUGGCGACUCAAUAAAUUCGCCCUUGAGAAACACCCACGACGAACCCCAUUUCCUCCCAGUGUAGCUUUUCAAUUAAUUGAGCACGUGACUAAUCACACACAUUUAAUUGUAAUUAGAACUAUGGGUCAUCUUUGUUAGUGCAAUAUUAUUGACCAUCAUCAUCAUCACAUUAGCAUUUAUUCAAGUCUUUAUCAGUAUAGAUUUAUUGUAACUACUAAAUAAUUUUAUGGGCAAUGAUAAUAUUUUUGCUUGGCUUGAGAGAUACGAAAGGAAACAAAUUGCUGAUGCUUAUUAUUUUAAUUGAUUUUUUUAUUAUUAAACUCUUCCUCCAACGUCUCAGCUACAAAAUAAGUCAGUUAUUAUUGUAAAUUAUUGUUACAAAAUGAGCAGAAUAUAAUGUUAUACUGAUAUUCAUGAUGAUGAGAUACGGAAGAAUAAUUAUUGUGAUUGUGUUGA